UCACACAAUAAUAAUAUUCGUCUGGAUUACUUAUCUAACCGCCGUCUACGGAAUAGAAGCUUGUGAUUGCUCACAUUCAAACAUAAAAUAUGAGGCAAUCUCCAUGAUGGACUCAAAUACCUGCUACAAACAACAACGAAUCAUCGACACAACUUAAACAAACAUUCAAUUACUCCAAAUCAAGGAAAAUCCAAAAUUAAUUACUUUGGCUGUAUGAUUACAAUUGAUGUCGUCAUCAACAAUUGUAUAAAUGGUUGGUUCAGCUCCUAAACUUACUUCAUUGGCGUGUACACAUAUCGACAACCUAUAAGUCGAGAAGCCUGUCAUGACAUAAUAAGAAAUAAUCGUUACGUAGAUCGUCAUAUUGAAGUUGUAAAAAUUGACAUUAAAGAUUUCUUCCAUAACAUAAUCAAUGAUCAACUCGAUAAAAACCGAUGUUCAAGAACUAGCUUUAUAUACUAACAUCCGAACAUUUCAAGGUACCGAACAUUUCAAGGAUGCUCCUGAAGACAAUGAUGAAUGCAAAAUGAAAUAUGGUGUCAUUUAUGAGGGACCAGUACAAAAAGUCACUGAAACCCGAAACAAUAAAACCAAUGCUACUUACGCACUACUCGACACCGAUUCAGAAAAGGCUUUCAUGAUCACCGUGCAUAAACCCAAGAGCUCUUGCAAUGAACAAAUCCUCACAACACCAUCCCCAAAUAUAUUUGUCAUUGAAUCACAAACAGCUAAAUUCUCACGUAAGAAGGACGAGACAGUCUCACUACACAACAUUGACCUCCAAAUGUUCGUUUCUUUGAAGAUCCUUAGCACUUAUAAUUCACUCAAUGAUAACAUUUAAAAACUUUAUGACUAUUUCGCAAACCAACUUUGUGACACUCGAUAUAAUCUGUACAAAACAAUGCUGCAAACUGCAGUUCAGAAUCUCACCGAAGCAUCUGAACUAUUAUUCCAUUUUUGCUAUUUUUUGCCACAAUGUGGCAUGCUCCAUCCGAGAAACAGACACUUUUACUAUUGAAAUACCAGUCACAUGUAAUGGCACCGAUGAACUACUAUUCAUGCAAACCAGAUCAAGGAUACUGUCUACAAAAUCAACACCCACUACAUGAAGCUAUGUACUUGGCAUUCAAUAUUAUUUACAUGACAGACGGUUCAGUCUACUGGCAAACAAAUUAGUUCCAACAACUACACCUGAAUCAUUAGAAGAUAUGAACGACUAUGAUACAUGAACGUUCCAAGACGAUUCAAAUCUCGCAAUUCAAGGAGUCUACUCUUCACUCGAAGUCAAAAACGCACAGGAAAUCAUCACUGAUAGCCAAAAUUCACAUGUUGACGUCAUCAACUCGAUCAACAUGUUUCAAUGAAAAAAUUAUGGCUUACGUCAUGACUUCAACAUAUUGGAUUCCUUAGACAUCAUCAAACUUUGCAAAAAGGUAUUUGGUGACUACCUACAUGCUACAGUCAAUAAAUUGGAAUCUUUUGGAAACUUCGUCAGCAUUGUUCUUGGCUUAUUUGUCACUUGAAAAACAGUCAUAUUCGUGUUCGACUUCCUCACCAACAUCAUAUUGGUUACUCAUCUACAUGAAUUCAGCUGUCUUCUAAUAAUCACCAUGUUUGACAACCUCAUCAACGACUUUAUUAAUGCAAAAGAAUUACGACGUGAACAACGCAUAAACAUUAUAACGCGCAACCUCAAGAACCACCUACCGAAAACAUUGCUAUGCAGGAUAUUAGCUCACCAUCUGCCCCGACCUACGAACCAGUAUAAGUAAUCCAAACGCGAGUUUAAUUUUAUAUUAAUUUUCCUUAAUAAUUUCUGAACAAAUAAAAAUAAAUAUAAUCGAUUAUUUUUAUUUUUAUUUCCAGUGUUCCAACCCUGGAUAAUAUUAGAUAAUUACAUUAAUUUUUUCGAAUAGCUGAACUCAAGAUCUUUCAAAAAAUGUAUAUCAUGUUAUACUUUUGAUAUAACAAUUCCAAAAUAUAGUCCAAUAACUGGAAAAUGCAUAAUUCUCAUUUUUACUUGCA